AAUUUGAUGGAAAAAUUCUGCUUUUUAUGAUUAAUUUGUGUAUUUUCUUUCUUAAAGUUAAUGAGGAAAAUCAUUUUAAAGAAUCAAAAUUGCUCUAAACUAAUGACAUAAACACGACUUCCGGGUGGGAGCCUCCCUCCUCCCUCUCUCCCUCCCCCGGUUGGCUGGGAUGAGGAAAGGGAAAGCCUGCAGCUCAAGUCUUUGUGCAAUCCUCUGGAAAGCGCAGAGAUGCUUGUACACGCCGAGAAGCGAAGACACAGACCAAGCAUGUGGAUGUGGACUACUCUUCUGCUCCUGGCAGCCCUCUGCUUCUCCACCACCCAAACUGCCAACUGGUGUGAAAAUGUCCUUGAAGAAUGUCGAAAAAAUCCUUCAAACUGGACCAAGUGUUAUGAAGACAGGAUUCUAACCUGUGUGCCACGCAGACGUGGUACGCCAGGCUUUGUUCGCAUGAAUGUGAAACCUUCAGAGGAAGCUGAAGGAAACGUGACGCCUGAUGUGAGGGUUCAGAUCCCGUCCUCGGCUCUCCAGAAAAUCAAAGGAGCUUCAGCUUUAGAGGAGGUUAUGGUGGUGGCCUCCGUGCUCAACAGCACUUAUUUUGAGAGCCCCACUGAGACCCAGAACAACACAACGCCCUCUGUUUUAGGCUGGAGAGUGCUGUCGGUGAAGGGUGGAACAGAUCCAAUCAAAAAUCUCAUUGAACCCAUUAAGUUAACCUUCAGAUCUGAAGAAAAUGUCACUAACGGGUUGUGUGUGUUUUGGAAAGAGCCAGAGAAUCUCAGCGGGAAAGGUUCAUGGAGCACAGACGGUUGUCAGACCAAAUUCAACGGAGAGGAAUUUAUUUGCAGCUCCAGUCACAUGAGCUUUUUCGCUGUCCUUGUGAACCCAGAAAUGUCCGUGGGUGAAAGUCAUAACACGAACCUCAGAUACAUCACCUAUGUGGGGUCAGCACUUUCUGUCAUCUUCGCAGUCAUCAGUUUCUUCAUAUAUAUGUAUCUGCGUCGGCGGGGGCGUUCUGAAAAAGCCAUCGGAAUACACAUGCAGCUGACGGCGGCGCUGCUCUUCCUCCACCUCAGCUUCCUGCUCAGCGGCUCCUGGUUUCACGUGGUGGAAGAUCAAGAUGAUGGCUGGGCUUGCAGGGGUUUGGGUCUCAUCUUACACUGGUCUCUGCUCGCCACCUUAACCUGGUUGGCUCUGGAGGGCUUCCACCUCUACCUUCUCCUCGUUCGAGUCUUCAACAUCUCUGUGGAACGAUAUCUGCUCAAGCUCAGCAUUGUGGGAUGGGGUUUUCCAACACUGGCUGCAAUGGCUUGUGGGAUUUCAGGUGUUUAUGGCAAAUAUAUUCUAGAACUGAAGGACAAGGAAAACCCCGAAUCAAAAUCCUCAAUAUGCUGGAUGAGCAGCGAGUUCAAACACAGGCAGGUGAUCGGCUACCUCACGGUGGCCUUUCUCUGCCUGGUGGUGCUCUACAACACCUGCAUGCUGACGCUGGUGGUCUUCAAACUCUAUCUGAUCAGAAGUGGCAAUAUGGGCCUCAAGAACAGCAACCAAUGGAGGAAUGUGAAAAAAGAGAAAGGACUGGACUUGUGGAAAAAGUGUGCGGCGGUGCUGAUCCUCAGCUGUGUGCUGGGCCUGCCCUGGGGGCUCGCCAGCACUACCUACAUCUCUCUAAGCGGAGUCUAUGUCUUCACAAUCCUCAACUCCUUGCAGGGUUUGUUCAUGUUCCUGUGGUCUGUUUCUCUGGUCUGCAAGUCUCGAUCACACAGGAGCACAGCAGCUAAGGACCUAUCCACACAGAAAAUGAUUACUGCCAGUACGAGUAACUGAUACUCGUGAGAAAAUGAAUGCUUCAUUCGAUCCCUGGGUUGGAUAUUUUUAAUGAUACCUCCUGAUGUAUGCAGCUAAACUUCACGUGUUCCUUAUUUCUUUGUUAUUUAAUCAGAAGUGUUUGUAAUAAAAAUGAAUCACAUAUUUUUUUUCUUCUGUUGUGAUUUAUGUCGUCCAUCAUCAGAAAAAUGUUUUGGUCUUGCAUCUGUAUUCUGGCUGAUAUCCACUUGCAACAAAUAUGAAGCAUGUUGCCACAAAUUCAAAUUAAUCUAUAGUGGAUUUGUCCUGUUGUGCUUUUCUGUCUUCAGAAAAAAAUUCAAGAGUACAAAACAUCAAACACAUGCAUGUUUUCUCUUUGAGCGCACACACACAUUUUUUAAAAGUGUACUAUAAACACAUAAAAAACUACUUUGAAUGUUUGCUCUUUUUACCUAAAGAAGUCAUUUGGCACAGUUUGAAUUAUGAAUACAUGGACAAUGUCCUCAUAAUUCAAAUUGUCAGACACGUCCUUAUAAACCACAAAAACUAACACACACACACAGACAUCACAAAAAUGUGUUCUUUAAAGACAUUAGGGGGGAAAAAAAAACUUUUAAUUCAUGCUUUUUAUACCCAAAGAAGUCUUUCUGUUCUGUUUGACCUAUGAGAACAUGGACCAUGUCCUUAUAAUUCAAAACAUCCUCCUUGUGUUGCAUGUAUUCAGACACUAUGUCCUUACAAACCAUAAAAACUAACACACACACACACAUUUUCACAGACUGAAGUUAUUGGAGAGAUUCCACAUCCGGAGGCAGAAACAAGUCCAAAAACGUUUUAACGGGUCAGGGAGGAACAGAAACUCGAAGGCUUCACAAUGAUGACGUUUCUGCAGAGGAAGGAGGUGCAACAAACAGACAGAGGAGGGGGCGGACGGCAGAUCCACGUAGAAAUUCUGUGUAACAGUACACCUGACGAUCGCAUGUAGUGCUGUAAAAGAACCGGUCCAAACCUGCAGGUGCGUCAUGUAAAAAGUAGACACACCUAAAAAUGACUAUUUGAGUACGACAACAAAAAAGUGAGGUUCCGUUUUUACUUUAGACUUAAUCUGUGACUUUUACCCAAUUUUAUACAUUUAAUAUACACAUGUAUUUGUCUAUCCAGCCUGUUUUAUAAUCACGAAACAGAAAUUAAAAUGUAAUACUUUUGUUUGAUGAUCCUGAUGAUUGAUUUUUGUAAGAUAAAAAAAAAGUGUCUAAACUUUCAUUUUUCCCUAUUUCAUAACAAACUGGAGACUUUUCUUUAGAAAUGGGCUGUUUCAUUGUUGAUUUCAGUCCAGUCCAAAUACCUGUCCAUCUUCAGAGGAGCCACUUUCUUUAGCAAACCCAGGCUGUUUGCUUGUAAUCAACACAAGAAAAAAAGUGAUUUUUUUUUUCUUAUUUCUAUUGCUAACUUUCUUUUUAUGUAUGGUUUACUUAAUUGUGUAUAAAAUUUUAUAAUUGUGUCUUGUCAAUUUUAAAGUUUUAUUGGGUAAUACAAGCUUGUAUAGGGUUUUUUUUAGCCUCUUCCUGCAUCUACUUUUUCUAUACCUAUUUUUUUUUUAUUUUUUUAUUUUUGCGAUAUGUUGUAUAAGUACAAAUAAAUGAAAUAAUUAAAUUGAGUUGACACCUGUUAAUGCAAAAAUGCACCAAACCUUUUCGGCUCCAAAAUUACCUUCGUUUAGCAUGUACUUGAAAACAAAAAAAAAAAGAUACAAGUUUUGUUUUUGUUUUGUUUUUUUGUAAUAACUGUAAAUAAAUUCAGAGGUUUUCUUCAGAAAAAAAUGUGCUGUUAUUUACUCAAAUGAUUGUCAGGUUUGACAUAUUUAUAUAAAAAAAAAAUUAAAGACAGAAUCUUUUUUUAAAGUACUGAAUGUUUUAGGUUGGUGCAGACAAAUUAUAAAUAAACCAUACUUUUGCACAAAAAAAGAAAGAAAAAAAAGAA